AUGGCUGCCGAGACAUACUCGACACCUAUCUUUGUUUCAUGCGGUUAUGAGCCGAAACGACGUACGCCAGCAGAGCUACUGAAGAGAGCUAAAGCCAACCGCUACAAGCAGGAAGGUCAUCAGGAAGAGGAUAGCAAGAGGGACAAUACAAAGUAUAUGAAGAAGACCCUGAGGGAUCGAGACAUUGCUUUAAGACGCUAUAAGAAGUGA